AUGCUCGUGCUGACGCCCGAAAAGUGGGACGUUGUCACAAGAAAGGGAUCAAGCGACAACUCUUUGACUUCUCUUGUUAGGCUGUUGAUCAUUGAUGAAGUCCAUUUGUUGCAUGAUGAUCGGGGUCCAGUUAUUGAAACGAUUGUUGCCCGAACAUUAAGACAGGUGGAAAUGUCUCAAACUGGAAUUCGUAUUGUUGGAUUGUCAGCGACGUUACCAAACUAUGCAGAUGUUGCUCGAUUUUUACGUGUGAAUCCGUAUAAGGGCCUUUUCUUCUUUGAUGGACGUUUCCGACCGGUGCCUCUUACGCAAAAGGACACUUGGAUUUGUUCAUUCCGCAGUCAUUCGGCACGAAAAGUUAUAUCGCCUCGGAGAAAUCGGUUCAAGCAUCGCGAAAUCAUAAACUCUUUGAAUUCUUCCGAUUCGGCUUCGGCGUUCAUCACGCCGGUCUUGUUCGACAUGAUCGCCUCCUCAUGGAAAAUGUCUUUCGUCAAGGGCAUAUAAUGGUGCUUUUUUGUACUGCUACCCUCGCUUGGGGAGUCAAUUUGCCUGCGCAUGCGGUUGUUAUUCGCGGAACAGAGGUUUUUGACGCUGAUAAAGGACAGUUUGGUGAUCUAGGAGUAUUAGACGUCCAACAAAUUUUUGGUCGUGCCGGUCGUCCACAGUUCGAGAACGAGGGCCAUGGUGUCAUAA